AACUAAUUGGACAUUUCAGGUUCAAAUAUAAUUGAAACGAGUUUCAUAAAUCGUAACAUGACCAACUAACAGUGCUUCAAAGAUGCUGACCAAGCCAGGGGCAGCUUUCUCGUUUCAACGUAGCAAGAUCGUCGUGAAGCGGAAGGGCAACGUAUUAACGUCUGAAAAUGCCCGCAAUGCUGAAAAGGCCCGCUCCAUUGCGGCUGAAAUGGCAGCUUUGCUCUCACGAGACGACUUCACUUUCGUGAACAAUCUGAACUCGCGAAAUGACGAGACUUGCAUCAUUUGCAUCGGAUCCACAGGUACUGGGAAGAGCGCAACCAUAGCCAAAUGCACUGGACAGGAUGUUCCUUGUGGAAGUGGAUCCGCGCGAGUGACGGUCCAGUGUGCCACCUAUUCAUCGGGACGAGUGGUCCCAGGUCAGGAGCCAGAUCCAGUUUGGGUGGACACAGUUGGAUGGGAUGACGCGGAUUUGGAUGAUGAACGCACCUUCAAAGAGAUACUGAACUUCAUUGGACAAAAACACCUUUUGAGAAGCCGAAACAUAUGGAAGAAUGUAAUCCUGAUUUGCAAGCAGUCCAGAAACUUGAAAGACGACAGCCAAGGCGCCUUGUCUGCGGUCAAGGAAUUCAAUCAGGAGGUUCAGAUCCCAGUACUUGGUUACACAUUUUUGGGUGAUGGGUCUUUAACCCCAAUGCAAAGAAGCAGGCUUCAAGAUAAAAGCCAAAGAGAGGACUUUUUGGUAAAAACAGAUGAUGAAGUGAAGGAAAUGGUCUUGAAGACCAUUGACAAAUUGGGGGACCCCAUUCAAGUGGUGUUCAAGAAUCAAUUGUGUUUGGAUUGUGGUCAGCGAGGUGAUGCCCGAUUGAUGACGGAAUUUUGUCACAUGGAGAAAUCUCAAGUGCAUAUUGGAAGCAUUAUUCAGUUCCAUCCUGGUCAGGUGGAGAGAUUCCACCCAAGCAGUGUCAUCAUUCGAGAACACCCAGGUGGUUUGUACAAGCCUUGGUUCUCUUGUGAUUUCUUUUUGUGCAAAUGUGGGGGUGAGCGUUAUUCUUGCUGUGGGUCCCUGGGUGGCCAACCUGGUUGUCAACAGGUUAGAACCUGUUGCAAGAAACUCGUAUCAGAUUUCCAGGGUGACGAAGAUGGGUGUGAAGAAAGGUACAGUUGUUGCAAAAUCAACGUUACGAGCCCGGUGAGUGGAUGCCGAUCCAAAUUUGAUUGUUGUGAUCAGAACGUCAAGAGUGCUGGAUGUGUGGAACGAUGCAAGAAAUGUGAUCAACCGUGGGGUUCGGAUCCAGGGAGUUGCUUUGAAAAAGAUCACAACAUUGUCACCGUGGAAACACUUAAGCGAUCGGGAAAAAAUCAAGGCUAG